CGAUAGAAGUGGGUGUGCUGCUCUGCUCUGGUUACGAAGACCCCAUUUAAAGAACGAGACAAGUAUCAGAGCACCGCUCUAGCAAAGCCUUCCAUCUACCAAUACGCCAUCCAAUUCUAUGAGAAAUCUUUGUUUGAGAGAAUAUAUCACAAGAUGGCAGUGAAACGCGGGCCCCGAAUUAUGGAACGAGCAAAACCUUUCGAAGUAUCUCAGCGAGCAUCAACCAGCUCCACAAUCUCAACAACCGCCACUCAGAGAGCAGAUGAAUCCGCUGCUGACACCAAGAGAAGUCCGCCUACUUCACGUCUGAAUCGAAGCGGCUGGUCUCAUGGCGAACGGCCUAUUGUUCCUACCAGACCAUUAAAGAAGAGUCAUGGAAAGGACUCGGAGCCCUCGCAUCAGCCACUACCUCGAAAUGACACUCAUCGUCAUGGCGGACCGGUGAUGGACACAAAUAAUGGACAAUUACACAUUGAACGUCCAUUGACGCCUCAACAACAUGCAGGUGUCUAUGUUGACAGCCUGAACACCGAACUCGUAACCGUCAAAGCCGAGAUUGCAUCUCUGAAAGAGGGAUUAACACAACGAGACAACGAAAUACAAAUCCUGGGGCGGAGACUGGAUGAAAUGAGAGAUCAAUACGAAGUGGCUAUACAUGAUCUCAAAAAAAGUCAAGAGGAGAAGGGUGAGCUCAGGGAUCAGGUUGACAGAUUGAAGGCAGACUUGAGGGAGGAGAGAUCCUUGAGGAGGAAGACAGAGGAUGAACUUGAGGAGAAGCAGGCGAAGGUUCGGGAGUUGAAUGAAUCACUUACGAAGAUGAGUGAUGAAAAAGCUGAGAGAGCUAGGAGGUCUGCUCUAGACGCUGAAGCUGAAUUGGCAAGAAUAGCGGGAAGAAAGGCGGAAAGUCCUCUUGAAAAGGUGGAGAAGAAACGGACAAGCAAGAAGCAUGUUCAUCAUGUUUUUUUGUUCGAAGACGAACCGCAGAGUUCAGUGGGCUCGCGUCUCCCCUCGAAAUCAUCAAUGUCCGUGAAAGCCUCGGGAGGGAAAAGCGGCGGCUGGAAAACAAGAUGGAAACCUUGA